UUUGGGAUUUCCUUGGGAAGAAAAACCCUUGUUCCCAAAGAUGGCUCAGAAAAUCCCUAUGAGCCAGGCUGAUCCUAUGAGUGGAAAGUCUUCUGCCGGUCCAAGAGGUCCUUUGGUGCUGUGGAAUCAUCUAGAGAACAAGGGGCCACGAGACACAGCAGGGGAAGCAGAAAGAAAAGGGUCCUACGCUGGCAAGCCUGGGGCUCCUGGAGAAGUCUGGGAACAGGCCACGCAGAACAUUCUGGAAGAAGAAGCCAAUUGGGUUGCACAACAUCACCAUAUCCGUCAGUUCUGCUACCAAGAAGCUGAAGGGCCCCGAGACAUUUGCAGCCGUCUCUACUAUCUCUACCAUCAGUGGCUCAAGCCAGAAAUACACACAAAAGCACAGAUGCUGGACUUGGUGAUCCUGGAGCAGUUCCUGACCAUCCUUCCUCCGGAAGUGGAAAACUGGGUCCGGGAGUGUGGAGCGGAGACCAGUUCCCAGGCGGUGGCCCUUGCAGAAGGCUUUCUCCUCAACCAGGCCGAACAGAAGAGGCUGGAAGAGCUGCAGGAACCCUUCAUGGAGAAGUUUACUGGACCCUCUAAAACACGGGGAGAUACGUCAUUUCAGUCUCAAGAUCUGGUCUUCCGAGGCGUAUCCCAGGAGGAUACAGAGUUAGGGAAUGGAAUGAGGCCGAUGGUCCCUGUGCAAACACCUCUUCUUUCUCGGGGUGCAGAAACCACGAUUGUACUUCCAGCUCAGGAAGAAGUGGGGAUCCAUUUCACGAAGGAGGAAUGGGCCCUUCUGGAUUCCAGCCAAAGAGCUCUGCAUGGAGAGGUCAUGAUGGAGACAUCAAGGAUCUGGGCCUGUCUUAGAGCUGAACGAGGGAUAAAGAGCUAUAAGGGGCCACAUCUGGCAGAGCCAACCAGAAAAAAUGAAAUAGCUGAAGAGGCAUUUUGCAGUCCAUCAAAACCAACAAGAGAUGACGGGAACCAUCUAAAAUACAGAGAAGAGAAAGCUGCUGCUUCUCCUCACGCUGAAAUCCACAACGUCCAAAUCCAAUCAGAUUCAAAAGGAGAAAGAACAGAAAAGUGUCAGUUUUGUGGUGAAAGAAUAAUUGAUAAAACAGAUUCGUGUAAAUGUUGUGGCACCCAGAAUAAAAAGGAACAAUAUGGAGGCGCAGGAUCCAGAAAAGAUGACAAUUGCCCCAAUCCCCUGACUGUCACUUACUACAUAGGAGAGAAAUCAUAUCACUGCACGGAGUGCGGAAGGAGCUUCCGACAGAACUAUCAUCUCAGUUACCACAAACAAACCCACACAGGGGAGAAACCCUAUAAAUGCAGCGAAUGUGGGAAAGGAUUCACCCUCAGCAGUGGCCUGACUUCCCAUAAAAGGAUCCACACAGGAGAGAAAUCUUUUAAAUGCUUGGAGUGUGGAAAGAGCUUCUGCAGGAACAGUUCCCUGAUUUCCCAUAAAAAGAUCCACAUACAGGAGAAACCAUGCUCCGAUGGGUGGCAUGACAAUCCAUUCAAGCAAACGUACAUCAGUCAAAAGUGCAUCAUUUUCUCCCAGCUGGUUUUUAACCUCUAUCAUGGCCAUGCUCCAAAAUGUGGGAAGACCAUGACAAAAAAAAUGCAAAGAAAAAUGCAUGAAGAAUACCCAGCAGAGGAAGGACAUCGACAAGUUCCUCGCCCUGAGACCACUGGAGAAAAAAUCGGACCAAAGAACCUAGAGGAAGAAGCGGUCGAUUUGCACGCUCAGUGCCAAUGUUUCAGAGCCUUCCGAUAUGAGGAGGCCAAGGGACCCCGAGAGCUUUGCAGCCAGCUCCACCUGCUUUGCGCUCGGUGGCUGAAACCAGAAAGGAUCACCAAAGCAGAGAUGCUGGACCUGGUGAUCCUGGAGCAGUUCCUGGCCAUCCUGCCCCUGGAAAUGAAGAGCUGGGUCCAGGAGUGUGACCCAGAGACCAGUUCCCAGGCGGUGGCCUUGGCAGAGGGCUUCCUCCUGAACCACGGAGAGGAACCAAAGCAGGAGAAAUUGCAGGGAACCUUUGUGAGAGUGACCUCUGAAAGCCUCAAGGCAAGAGAACAUCCAUCUCAGGAGCUAAUCUUCAACAAAAUUUCCUCAGAAUAUCCAAGUCAGAAUUUCUUAACAGGGAGAAAAACAACAUCCCCCGUGUUUGCAGAAUCAGAUCCUUUUGAUAAAGCAAAACCAGCAUCUAUUCCUGUAGCUCUGGGUAGCGUGUCCUUCCAAGACAUAGCUGUCCUUUUUACCGAAGAAGAGUGGGCUUUAUUGGACCCCCAUCAAAAAGCCUUGCAUAGUGAGGUCAUGCAGGAGAAUUCAAGAAAUGUGGUUUCUCUAGGUGAUGGGCAAGAGAAUAAGAAUAAUGAGAAGGCAAGGAUGUUUCCAUUGCAAACAGUUAAGAAUGAAGGACAAGAAGAGAUGUUUCAAAAUAUGUGGAGACCAGAACAAGAUGACGACAACCAGCCAAGCAAUCAGGGUGAGACAUUCUCAAGUACUUUAAAUAUGGAAAUACAGGACUUCCAGAUUCCAAAAAAUCAGAAGGAAAAGAAAAAGGGAGAGAAUUCAGGGUAUGGAGAACAAUUCAAAGAUAAACCUGAUAGAAACAAAGAUUGCCGGAUCCACCCAAAAGCAAAAGGUUGUGAACGUAGAGACCGUGUAAAGAAUUACUACGAGAACUCCCCUCUGAUGUUAUAUCAGAGCAUCUCCACCGAAAACAAACCAUAUCAAUGCACGGAGUGUGGAAAAACUUUUAGCCAUUCCAGUUCCCUCACUUCCCAUAAAAGGAUCCACACGGGGGAAAAGCCGUACCAAUGUACUGAGUGCGGAAAAAGCUUUCGACGCAAUACCGACCUUACCUCUCACAAAAGGGUCCACACGGGUGAGAAACCCUUCAAAUGUACAGAGUGCGGAAAGAGUUUUACAAUGAGCAGCAACCUGAACCUGCAUAAAAGGAUCCACACAGGCGAGAAACCCUUCAAAUGCAUGGAGUGUGGAAAGAGCUUCAUUCAAAGGGGCCACCUCACUUGCCACAUGAGAAUCCACACCGGGGAGAAGCCAUACAUGUGCGUGGAGUGUGGAAAAACUUUCAGGUGGAGCAGUCACCUGCCUAACCACAUGAGGAUCCACACAGGGGAGAAACCAUACAGUUGCACGGACUGUGGAAGGUGCUUCAGAGAACGCAGUGCCUUUCAGGCCCAUCGAAGGAUCCACACGGGGGAGAAGUCUUUAAAGUGCACAGAAUGCGGGAAGACUUUCAGGGGCAGCACAGAUCUCACGAUCCACAAAAGGAUCCACACGGGGGAGAAACCCUACAAAUGCUUGGAGUGCGGGAAGAGUUUCAUUAGAAGCAGUCACCUGUCUUCCCAUAAAAACAUCCACCCAGGAGAGAAGCCGUUUAAAUGUCUUGAGUGCGGAAAGAGCUUUACUCAAAGCUGUUACCUCACCUACCAUAAAAGGAUCCACACGGGGGAAAAACCUUACAAAUGUCUGGAGUGUGGAAAGAGCUUCAGCAGGAGCAGUCACCUUUCUUACCAUAGAAAUAUCCAGCACGGGGGGAAACCUCAUAAAUGUAUGGAAUGUGGGAAAAACUUUACUCAGAGCUGUUACCUUCUGUCCCAUAAAAGUAUCAAGGAAAACCCAUAAAAGUAUUAGCAGUGUUCUGCAUCAUCUUGUCUUUAUGUUUUUUGUAAGCUGUCUUGAGUGGUUAUAGAAAUAGAAAGGCAUGGUAUAAAUGUAAUCAUCAAUAAAAAU